GCGUCUGGUAGAGCCGUAAACUAGUUUGACAUUUCGCUAAGAUUUGUGAAGUGAACAACAAACGUCUACGCUUAUGUUUUUACGCGGGUCCGGUCGGAGGAAUGAACGAGAUUUUAGGUGUGGGUCUUAAAAUGGGAUUGUUUUUGCACGUUGUCGCUGUCAGCCCCUCCGACGCGACAUUAGACGAGAGCGUACUGCACUGUGAGGGGCUGAACAACCAGAGCUACGUCUGCAAAUCAGGACACUGCUGUGGGGAGUCACAGUGCUGCAGUUACUACUAUGAACUCUGGUGGUUCUGGCUGGUGUGGGUCAUCAUCUUCAUCCUGAGCUGCUGCUGCGUGUGUCACCACCGGCGCACCAAGCACCGGCUGCAGCAGCAGCAGCGCCAGCACGAGAUCAACCUCAUCGCCUACCGCGAAGCGCACAACUACACCUCCCUUCCGUUCUACUUCAGGUUUCUUCCAAAUUCCCUCCUACCUGACUACGAGGAGGUGGUGAACCGCCCUCCCACCCCUCCCCCUCCCUACAGUGUCUUCCAUACAGUCAGCCCCCUGCCCACAGACCCACAGGACGGCCUGGGACUGGGACACUGCCCAACCAUCCAGACCACUCCGGUCCCCCCAGUGUCCGACACCCUCUGCUCCAGGCCGAUCCUGGAAGAGCCCCACCGCAUUGGGGCUCCCACCAUUGGCUACAACAGACACAAGGCAGACAAUAAGCCUCAGGAGCCCCAGGAUGGUGGACCAGGGCUAGGGCCCCAGGAUGGUGGACCAGGGCUAGGGCCCCAGGAGGCCUCUACAGGGGAGCCUAGAAGCCCAGAGAAGAGUUGCAAGGAGCCUCUGUUUCUCGGGGACCUAGGGGGGCCCGAGAGCGGUGCCCAGGAGGACAAAGAUAAUAGGGGGGCCCUUGGGCGGCGGCGCCGUUUCACGGGUGACUCGGGUAUCGAGGUGUGCGUAUGUGACCGUGGUGGUAGUACCAGUAUUGGGAGCCAGGAGGGCAAGGAGCUGAGGGAGAAGGAUAGCCUAAUGGGGGAGCAGGAAGGAGGAGACUUCUGUGACGGAUGCGGUCACCCCGCUCCGGGAGUGGAAGAGGAGCAGGCCCUAGCCCUGGAUGGACCCGAAAGUAGGUCGGAGUGCGGGUCGGCGACAGGGUCCACCUCCCCGCCACCACCCGCCAUGACGCAACCCACCCAGCCCCCGGUGUGCCUGCUCCUCCACACUAUCAACGAGCUUGAGGGGCCCCCUCACCAUGGCAACAGCACAGAGCCCCAGGGCUGAGCUAAGCUAAAGCACAUCUUCACCGAGGAGGGAGAGAGAACCAGGAGUGGGAGUCAAGACUUUAGUGUGUGUGUGACUGUCUGAGAUCAUGUGUGUGUGUGUGAAGAGCAGGAAGUUGUAUUUUAUCCCAGAGUCUGGACUUAAAGGCCUGAUGUUCAUAGCUAAAGCCCCUUUGGCAUACUGUAAUGGUGGCCUUAACUGCAAUGUACAAGGAAACAGAAGGAGAGGUUUGGCCUAUCACCAACCUGCCUACAGACUGCCAACGGCAUAAAUGUCCUCCUUUGUCUUUCUUUACCAAGAGGAGGCGAAAGGAGACCGUGUUAAGACUUAUACAAGCUGGAGGAGAUUGAUAGUCUGGUCAGUGGAUGCUGACCUGACGUUUGGUGCGACUGUAGUAUAGUGUAAAUACACACUGGUGCAACUCUAGCCUGGUCCCAGAUCAGUUUGUGCUGUCUUGCCAACUCCUAUGCUCAGUGUACCAAGCUAGUGGAAAUCAUCGCAGCUACUUCCUGUGUCUGUUCACAGGAAGGAACAUCCUGGACAAAUACACUGAAGCGGUACAGGAACAUUGUCAAGCAGUGCGGUGUGGAUCGUCAUGGCGACGAUGUGUGCUUAUGUAAUGUGAUAGUCCCAGUCGGUAUGAAAUAGAACGUGGUGGCCCUGCCUGCCUGUGGGGAAAACAACCCAUGGUUACUUUGGUUACCCCAUUGGCUCACAGCAAAAACUUGACCUUUUUCCAAAACCUAUUUUCUUGUCUGCUUGUUUUAGUCAAUUACAAAAAAUACAUUUAAGAAAAGUACAACGUGUGUAAAGAUUACUAUUCAACUCUGCCUGCUCCUGAGCGUUCUCACUACUUAGAAAAAUGUAAUGUUGUAGGCGCUUCCCUCGUUUUUAUGACGGCACUAAUGUUAACCAAGUGAGUUAGUGCGUGCUAGCUAGCUACCAACCAGAACAGGACUCUCCAACCCUGUUCCUGGAGAGCUACCCUCCUGUAGGGUUUCACUCUAAACCCCAGUUGUAACUAACCUG